AUGAUCAUUGACUCGUCUCUCAAAACACUUCAUGAUGACAGAACUCUACCCAGCUCUACACGGCGCAGCUCUACACAGCUCUACACAGCUCUACACAGCUCUACCCAGCUCUACACAGCUCUACACAGCUCUACACAGCUCUUCCCAGCUCUACACAGCUCUACACAGCUCUACACAGCUCUACCCAGCUCUACACAGCUCUACACAGCUCUACACAGCUCUUCCCAGCUCUACACAGCUCUACACAGCUCUACACAGCUCUACCCAGCUCUACACAGCUCUACACAGCUCUACACAGCUCUUCCCAGCUCUACCCAGCUCUACACAGCUCUACACAGCUCUACACAGCUCUACCCAGCUCUACACAGCUCUACACAGCUCUACACAGCUCUUCCCAGCUCUACCCAGCUCUACACAGCUCUACACAGCUCUACACAGCUCUACACAGCUCUACCCAGCUCUACCCAGCUCUUCCCAGCUCUACCCAGCUCUUCCCAGCUCUACACAGCUCUUCCCAGCUCUACACAGCUCUACACAGCUCUACCCAGCUCUACACAGCUCUACCCCGCUCUACCCAGCUCUACACAGCUCUACCCAGCUCUACCCCGCUCUACCCAGCUCUACCCAGCUCUACCCAGCUCUACACAGCUCUACACAGCUCUACCCAGCUCUACACAGCUCUACACAGCUCUACACAGCUCUUCCCAGCUCUACACAGCUCUACACAGCUCUACACAGCUCUACACAGCUCUACACAGCUCUACACAGCUCUACACAGCUCUUCCCAGCUCUACACAGCUCUACACAGCUCUACACAGCUCUACACAGCUCUACCCAGCUCUACACAGCUCUACACAGCUCUACACAGCUCUUCCCAGCUCUACCCAGCUCUACACAGCUCUACACAGCUCUACACAGCUCUACACAGCUCUACCCAGCUCUACCCAGCUCUUCCCAGCUCUUCCCAGCUCUUCCCAGCUCUUCCCAGCUCUACACAGCUCUUCCCAGCUCUACACAGCUCUACACAGCUCUACCCAGCUCUACACAGCUCUACCCCGCUCUACCCAGCUCUACACAGCUCUACCCAGCUCUACCCCGCUCUACCCAGCUCUACCCAGCUCUACCCAGCUCUACACAGCUCUACACAGCUCUACCCAGCUCUACCCAGCUCUACACAGCUCUACCCAGCUCUACACAGCUCUACACAGCUCUACCCAGCUCUACCCAGCUCUACACAGCUCUACCCAGCUCUACCCAGCUCUACCCAGCUCUACACAGCUCUACCCAGCUCUACCCAGCUCUACACAGCUCUGCACAGCUCUACACAGCUCUACACAGCUCUACACAGCUCUGCACAGCUCUACCCAGCCCAGCUCUACCCAGCUCUACCCAGCUCUACACAGCUCUACCCAGCUCUACACAGCUCUACACAGCUCUACCCAGCUCUACCCAGCUCUACCCAGCUCUACACAGCUCUGUACAGCUCUACCCAGCUCUACCCAGCUCUACCCAGCUCUACACAGCUCUGCACAGCUCUACCCAGCCCAGCUCUACCCAGCUCUACACAGCUCUACACAGCUCUACCCAGCUCUACCCAGCUCUGCACAGCUCUACACAGCUCUACACAGCUCUACCCAGCUCUACCCAGCUCUACCCAGCUCUACACGCCGCAGUCCAGCUGUACCCAGCCUGCAGCACAGAAAGGCCCUCAUUGAGCCUGGAGGAUACAGCUUCCAUUAA